AUGGGGAUAGCUGUACCCUCUUUAGAGGGGACAAUCACCCGGAUUCGCCUGGAUGCUGCGGAGAAGCACCUGCCGCCGACGGUGCUGCAGCUGCUGCUGCUAGGCCGCGAGCCAGCUGCAGCCGACUCCCCAGCAGCAGCAGCAGCAGCAGCAGCACCAGCAGCAGAAGCAGCAGCUGAAGCAGCAUUUAGUGUGGGAGCCUUCGUAAGACAAGUCAGCGGCGAAGGCCCUGACGCUCUGGGGCAGCGGCUGCAGCAGCUCGAGGAAGCAGUUGCUGCUCUAGAUGGCCGCAUCCGCAGCGAGCUCUCUGCCCAUCUCGGGUCGCUUAUGCCAGGGGUCGCCUACUUCGCAGAGCUCCUGGGGCCCAGCAGCAGCAGCAGCAGCAGCGGCAGCAGCAGCAGCAGCAGCAGCACCAACAACAGCGACAGCAGCACCAGAGGCUGCUCAUUUCAGGGAAGCACGGGCGAAGAAGGUGCGGGGUUGGGCUCCAAGAGCAGCAGCAGCAGCAGCAGCAGCAGCAGCACCAGUGCCGCUGCUGCUGCUGCAGAGGAUGGUAGCACUAGCUGCUGCACGCAGCAGCUGCAGCAGCAGGUCAGCAGCAUAUCGCAGAAGGUGCAGCAGCUGCAGGACUUAACGCAGCAGAAGGCAACAGAACUUGAAGCUGCUGUGGACGAGGCAGACAGAUUGCUGGAUGCUGAAGAGGUGGUGUCUCUCGCGCUGCACUUCUUACAAUGCCUCAAAAAGCUAAAUGCAGAAACGGCGCACCACAAGAAGGCCGACUACUUAGUCCGGCUGGAGGCCAUGGCAGCAGAGGAAGAUAGCAGCAGCAGCGGCAGCAGCAGCAGCAGCAGCAGCAGCAGCAGCAGCAGCAGCAGCAGCAGCAGCAGCGCGUUAAAGGGGGGCCCUGCUCUCCACAAGCUAAAAUGCAUGCAGCCGGCGCUGCAGCUGAUGAGGAAAUUAGGCAAAGAGAUACGCAGCAAACCGAAGCUCUUGCUGCAGGAGUCGCUGCAGCAGCAGGACGUGCUGGGUGUCGCCGACAACCUCAAGUGUCUCUUCGCGCUGCAGCAGCCGCAGCAGGCGCUGGAAGCUGUGCUGCAGCAGCUAGCAGCAGAUGCAUGCCAGGCCCUGCCUGCUGAGGCGCUGCGGUCUGCUGCUGCUGCUGCUGUCGCCCCCAACACUGCAGCAGCAGCGGGAACGGAGCAGCAGCUCGACCCCGCAGUAGCCGCUGCGGCUUCAUACUGUGAGCCUCUCUUCAGCAGCAGCAGCAGCAACAGCAGCAGCAGCAGCCGCAGCAGCAGCAGCAUCUCCUUGGUUUGUUGCACUCCAUUUCAGCAGCAAGUUGCAGCAUGGGCAGUCCGCAUGCUUACCUCCUUAGAAGAGAAGUCGCGUCAGGCCUUUCUGCUGGAUCAAGUGCUGCAAAGCCCCGAAGCCUCCCCAUUUCUAGACUUGACAAUGGGGGAAUGGCUGCAGGAAAAAGGUUUUGUGUCUUCUGUGGCAGAAGAGCUGCUGCGCAAGGUGUCUGUACACCUCAAGAGCUGCUGCAGGCAGCUGACAGCCCGCAGCAGGCCGCUGCAGCAGCUGCUGCAGCUGCUGCAGCAGCAGCCUGCGGACCCGCAGCAGCUGGCGCAGCAGAGAUCCGCCGCGCGUUUGCUGCUGCAGCAGCAAAAUGUAGACGAGGCUGCUGCCUGGUGCAUGGUAGACUGCACCCCGCUGCUGCUGCUGCUGCUGCGGGCCUUUGUGCUGCGGUGGAGAAAAGCAGCAGCAGCAGGAGCUCCCUUACCGCCUUUCUCUAACGCUCAGGAGACGCAGGUGAUGGCGAGUUUGGGGGAGCUUCUUGCGGUGUACAGACAGCGCAUCUGCAGCGUCCACGAGGAGAUGCUGCAGCUGCUGUUUUCUGCGGACUUGCUGCAGCAGGCAGAGCAUGAGCAGCAGCAGCACGCGUCUCAGAGCAGCAGCAGCAUGCUGCAGAAGAUACGCAGCAGCAGCAGCAGCAGCGGCAUUGCCGUUCUGCCCACAGCAGGAGACCUCCGUGCCUUCUUGCGACAGCUGCUGCAGCAUCUUGCUGCUUCUACAGUGGCAGGGGAGCCGCUGCUUCAGGAGGCAUCAGCUGCUUGCGAUCGCUCCCUUUCUUUGUUCAUGUGGCUCUGCGCCCUCCAAAUCCCUCCAGCAGCAGCAGAUCCGCCGUCUCUGCUGGACGACACAGUGCAGAACAGUCGGAGCUCUGCUGCAGCUCGCUUGUGCUUGGCGAAGACCUACAGUCUAUUUUCUUUGCUGCUGCAGCGCACCAAACAGGCCGCGCAGAAGGGCCCAAACACCCCCGAGGGAGCAGCAGGAGCUGCUCUUCAGAGCAUAAACGCCUACAAAGAAAUGGAUGUGAUGAAAGUAAGGGUUUAG